AUGAAAGCAGAAAUAAAAACAUGGAUUCAAGCUGAAAUCGAAAAAAAUUCUAAACUUUGUUCAAAAACGAAUAAAAUAAAUCCGGAACAAGUUAGAACAAUGAUUAAAGAAGAAAUGAAAAAACAACAAAAAGUUCAACUCAAACCUGAUUUCGCUUCUGCUUCUGCCGGUAUGGUGUUGGAAGCAACGCCCACGUGGACGGAAGGAUACUCCUACAUAUAUUUUUUUUUCAUACCCAUAAGAUCGACAGCUCCACCCCCGAGCAUAAUAUUAGAGCCUACCCGGCAAGCAGGAGAUUGUUGGCCGAUGGAAGGACAAAAGGGAAAAUUAUUGAUACAAUUAGCAGCAAGAGCAAACAUAAUUGGAUUCACGAUGGAACACAUCGAUCCUGCAAUGUCACUAAGCGGUGGAACACCGGAAGCACCCAACAACUUUUCCGUUUUCGGAUUGGAAUAUUUCAACAAAGAUGGCGAAAGACAUUUUUUCGGAACGUAUUCAUACGAUAAUAAAAACGAAGAAGAAAAUCAAUAUUUUCGAGUUCAAAACGUCGUGCGAAAAUCAUUUUUAUACAUACAAUUGGAAAUAUCAUCGAAUCACGGAAACGAUAAAUACACUUGUUUGUACAGGUUUCAGGUUCACGGAUUCAUCGAUCGUUUGCAUCACUGUCAAUAG